GAGGCAAAGUGUGGCAGUGAGAUUAUGGGAGGGAAGCGAGCAAGAGGAAAUGUACAAGAAAACGCAACAGCUGCCGGAGCUCUACUAGUGCAACUAACGUCACACAAUGUGGAUGUGUUCAGCCAUAAUCUGGAUACUCCUUCUCAAUGGUUGGUCGUUGGGUGAGCGUGUGAAAGAAGCGGUGCUCGUGGCGAAGCAGUGGGAACAGCCGCAGCUGAGCGUCACUAUCAUUGGUGGUAAAGACGCUGCCCCAGGAGAGUUCCCACACCAGGUCUCUGUGCAAAAGAACGGGCUAUUUGGACCACUGCACAUCUGUGGUGGAACCAUUGUUUCUGACCAAUACGUUCUAACGGCUGCUCACUGCGUCGUCGAAAUACAGGUUGACAAGAUUAUUAUCGUUGCCGGAGUCACUAAUCUGCAGGACCAGAACAGCCAGGUUGCCCAGGCUAUGACCUUCAUCCCUCAUGAGUCCUACAACUCAGUCACCAAAGCCAAUGACAUCCUUCUUAUUAAG